CAACCGCCAGUGAAACCACUAGAAGAAGAAGCAGAACAAGACACAGUGUCCUGUCUGAGGGCCCUGUAGGCUAGUUGUUUGACUUUGGGGAGGCUAGGAUCAGCUUGUAGUUCUUCAGCGCACUUUAAUGGCUGUUUAGAAACGCCGGACUUUGGUUUUUCUAUCGGCAAAGCAUGAAUUUCAUCAGAUCCCGCCUUUACCUCGGCAGCUUCCUCGGUCAGAGGAGACAAGUUACUCAGAUAUGGAGCCACAGAGGGAUGUGCGAUAAACUACAGGAGCCCAAAGCAGCGUCUUCACCCGCGACACCGGCUCAAGAGCCACGUCCUUUAUUCAGAGUCCCUGGCUACAGGCCUUCAGAGAUGGACAAGAAGAUGUUGAUCUGGUCGGGGCACUUCAAGACAGUAGACCAGAUACCAGAGACUGUGUCGUUUGAAAUGAUUGACGCUGCCAGAAACAGAAUCAGAGUAAAGGCUGCCUACGUGAUGAUGGCUGCCACGAUCGGCACAUGCAUGGUUAUGAUAUUUAUGGGCAAAAGGGCUCUAGCCAGAAAUGAGACCCUGACAGCUCUAAACAUUGAGAAAAAAGCCAAAUGGAGGGAAGAGAAAAAAAAAUGUGAUGAUGCUGCUGCCCUUUCUGGCAAGGCUCAGUGAUAGAAGAUGACUUGUUCAGAUACAACUAUGAUAUAUUCAAACCCUCAGGUGAUAGUGACCCACUUUCUGCUAAUAUAAUGUGACUCCUUCAGUCCCACCUUCUGGAGAGUAGUACUUCUUGCAACUAGGACAUUGGCUGUAACAAUAAUUUGGUAUCCAAUGUAAACACUGAUCUCAGUGAAAAUGUGCAUAAUGAUAAAGUGACACUUAGGUUAAUGGUACCAGCAGUUAUUGUGGUGGUUUUGGCAUUCUGGUUGUCUGACUGGUGGAGGAUUUACUAAACUCUCAAUUUGCACAUAUCUGCGUUGUGAACAUGGCUUUCAUUUUUGUCUAAAACAUUCAGAUCAGACAUGAAUCUGUGUUUGUAUAAAGUGAGCGCCAAAACCAGAUCAAUAAAGUAAUGCUUCUGUAAA